AUGGCCUCCCUCCUGCAGUCCCGUCCGGUCUGCUCGGCCGUUCGCAAGCAAGCAACGGCGCUGCCUCUCUAUCUCCAGACGGCCACCCAGCCCACCUCCUCGCUAUCAGGGACAUAUCUCUCCAUUUCCGUACUGACUCGUCAUCAUCCAGAGCACUCCCCCCGAUCCCUCCAGCGUCUCACCCCCCGCUCCUAUGUCCCGACGCAUCAAUGUCGCACGUUCCUGGUGCAACUGAAGCGCCAAUCCCAGACCCUUCGAGAGAACAGCCCGUCGGCUGGCGCUCCCUCUCCGGCCGCUGCAAACCUGCAAACCACCAAUCUCCCCUACUUCAUUCGUCGCACUGCCUCCAAUCAGCUCCCCGUUUACCUCGUCACCAAAGCCGGUGGUACCAAGCAACAGACCAAGAUCCAGAAGACCGAAGGUGACCUGGACGCUCUGCGGACUGACCUUGCGCGGUACCUGAACAUCGACCCCAAGAGUCCGGAUGUGACGAUCAACCGUCUCAAUGGGCACAUCGUCGUCAAGGGUUGGCGAAAACCCGAGAUCUUGAAGUUCCUCUCGGAACGCAACUUCUAA